AUGCGCUCCAUCUCUCUCGCCGAAGGGAGUGCAAACGGAUCGACCACCGCGAAUCAUGGCACGGAAACAACUUCUAAUGGCGGGGAAAGGCUUCAAGAUGCGGAUCUGAGUGCCUUAUUGGAAAUUGCGCCAGGAGUGAACAAGCGACCGGUUAAUUAUGUCCUUGCUGACAACACGUAACUUGUAAUAGAUGCUGAUACUGCCAAGACGCGCCAGUCAUGUUUUAGAAAUUUUCAUGUUGUUGUUUAUGACUACAUCUACAACAACAACGCCUGGCAGACCACGAACUAGACAACUGCAUACUAUGAUGAUACAUAUUAUAAAAUCAGCUGCUUCUUCUACUCAGAUAUUCUUGGCUAUCCUGCUUUGCGCGACGGGCAAAGCUUUCUAAAACAACAAAAAGGCCGUAAAGAGUCCGCCGUUUCCUGUCCGCGGCAGAGUACUUGCACCACCAGCUAAGCGAAAAUCCCUCACGAGUUCUCCAAAAAUUAAGGCCCGUGCUGGUCCUCAAAGAAUUUAAUGAACCUCUCAACUUUAUUGUACUAAAUAACAGAAUCUGUUCACAGAAAGUUGGAUUUUUUAGGAACCGACGACGACGACUACGACUAGAAGAAGUAUAAGUAUCGUCACGGCGCUCUUCAACAUCUCAUUUCAACUGGCGAAGGUGCAAAUUGUAGAAGUAGAUCAACAUUAACGUGAUUAAAGUUGUUAUAGUUCUCAUUCUUAAAGCUCCUCCACCUCCGCCUCUCCCUCUAAGUUUCAGGACCCAGCAGAUAAAUUGUCGAGACAAGGAAGUGGCACGUCUAGUUGGGGCGAGACUUCGUCUGCGGCUGACGGCGAAUCAGCAGCCGACGUAGAAAUGAAAGAAGCGAACAACGAUUCCAGUAUGUUGCUGGAGAAAAAAGUUAUGCUCAAUUGAAGAAGUGUGAAGUCCCCAGCAGCUCUUCCUCGGUUUAUCUCACAGAUACCUGUCUCUACUGUCUCACAGACGAAUUUGUAAAGAUUGUACCUGUCUCUACUGCACAGAUACCUGUCUCUACUGUCUGUACUGUGAGUUUCUUUAGGAAUUUCUUCACAUAUAAUUAUCGGUAUCAUGUAUUUCAAGACGUUGAAGUUGAGGGUUGAAUAAAACAAGCAAGACUUCCGUGGAUGGUGACCAUGACAGGAAAAAUUUUGGUAGACAACGAAGCUCACUGUUUCAUCUUCAGUAGACAAGAGCUUCUUCUUCUUCUUCUUCUUCUUCUUCUCUCCUUCUAAGACAGAAAGAACGGCAACUAUCGAAGGCGAUGCUACGAAGUCAAUGCAGCCGCCAUCCCCCAAGAAGGGCAAAUCGCCGAAGAAAAAGAAGCAAAUACCACGAACUAGUCUAGCUGGAGCGCAAGCAAUCAAUAAUUACGGGCUUCCAGCACGUAGCAUUCUGCACGACUAGCAUCUUUGACUUUUUCUAAGAAGAAAAUAAGUCAUAAAAAGAUGUUCUCAAGUAGAAUGCAAGAAUGUGGAAACCUCUAAAAUAAAGCACCGAUGUGGGAUAUUCAUCCGAAUGUUGACGUAAUCCUAUGCUGUCCUAGACCCAAAGUCCUGGAACGUAUUUUCACCACGCUCGCAACCUUCGGCGUCCGAAGAAUAUUCCUCAUUGGAGGAGCUGAAAAGGUACAAAUUGAUAUUUGAUAGUAGUCUUUUCCUUAUUAUUUAACCUUCACCUUAGAGAGACAUAACCGGUUAGGGUUCCCUCGGAGUUCUUUCUCCCUUCAUGGAAAGUUACAGUGGCUACACACUCCCAGGAGCACACUGUCUGUUAUUUGUUAUACUCGUUCUAUUUACCUUAGACUUACAUCAAGGGAUAAUAUUACAAACGAGGACAAGAAACUUUUCAAGUUUCCUCAUCACGACACAGGUUGAAUCAUCGCGUUUCAAACUUCCUUAUCACGACACAGGUCGAGUCAUCGUAUUUUGCUGGAAAGAAACUGCAACCUGAUGUAAUCGAAAAAGCCAUGGUUGAAGGGUUGUCGCAGAGCAGCUACUACACGCGACUUCCUGUCGUAAGGAUCCUACCCAAGCUCAAGCUGCACGAGGUUCUCACUGUUAAGACUGACAUUAAAGGAGGACAAUACUACACGCAUUGACGGAGAAUUGCUGCACCACAUUUCCUUCAAUAACAAAGACAAUGGGAUUAAUAGCGCAGGAUCAUAAGCGCCGUUAGCUGGAAUCAACAACCCAUUUAUUCAAGAGUCUACAUUAUCAUCUUCUAUUUCUUCUCAUCAUCUAGUUCUCAUUGUCUACUAGUUCUCAUUCAUCUCAACAUAGUCGAGAUUUCUCAAAAUAAGUCAUCUAAUACCUGUCUUGAAAUCGAGAAUGGUGGCCCAGCGCCGAAAAGAGAGGUGGCAGCCGCAAGUCGUGGCGGACCCGAGUUACCCCCGGCUGCACCUGAAGUAGGUGGUGCUAGUAACGACAGGCUGACGAACAAAGCAACUUUCUGUGAAGAAGGGGACGAUCCAGACACUACAUUCAUCUCCGAUGAGCAAAUCAUUUUAUGGCAUCAAGCAACAAUUAGUAUUAGACUUAGACAUAGACCACAGACACUCUGCCUCCCAUUUGUUUGAGAAGAUGUAUCGGGUUUCUUUUGGUCUCCCCGGAACAAGUCCAAUUCAUUAUAGACAGGAAAGAGUCCGCCAGUGGUCUUCUUCUACCUAAAAAUCCUACCCAAAAGUCCACCUAGCUCUACUAAUGUCCAAGCAGACGGAGCUAGGUGGACGACACGCGCGAAAGUUGGCACGAGGCUACGGGAAUUUGAAUAUCGUUGCUCACCCGAGCAUCGAGUCGCGCAAGUUGAGCGACAUUGUAGGCGACGAAUGCUACGCGUCGUUUCGAGGAGGAUUUCUGGGAAAGCGCAACUUUCCUCGAGUAACGCUAUGCAUUGGCCCAGAGGGCGGAUGGACGGAAGGUUAAGGCUUCGACACUAAUUGUAAUUCAUCUUUCUUGACUGCACCACAGAAGGGGAGAGAGCGUUGGAGACGAGGACGUUCCUGAAAAUGCUUAAGUAUGUUGGGGAAGAAGAAAAUAAGUAUGUUGGGGAAGAUGAAGUAAAAGUAAAUCUAAAUCUUUGUCUUUCAUCACAGGGAAAAAGUAAUACUCUUAGUACUCCCUUAUGCUGCAUAGUACCCGCACUUUUCCGCCAGGAUCAUGCACGCCCUACCUCAGCUGAAAGAUGAAUUACAUUUACGUGGUUGAGUGAGCUCUUCUAACAAACAGAGAUGGAGACAACGCUGAAAAGCUUCGAACGGGCAAGCUUAGGCCCACGAGUCUACAAAACCUACGACGCGACAGUAUCGUUGCUCACCUUGCUCUACGAAGAAUUGGGCAUCUAA